UUUAAUGACGUAAACAUUGUGUACGACACUUGGAACGUGUUAACGGCAUAUUGUGCCGUCCUGUCAACACAACAAUGGCAGAUGCCGUGGAAGCUGCUCUUGGAGGAAGCUGGGACCAGGAUUUAGCUGAUGCGCUGGACUCUGGUAGCUCUGACAUGGAGCUGGAGAGGGGCAUCAUACAGGUCCAAGAGCCUUCAUCUCCACAAAGGGCCAAGAUGUGGAAGAUCGCUCUAAAUGUGUCUGGUAAAGGAGACAGCUUUUCUCCUUGGGAUGGUGUCCUCGAUCUACCAGAACAGACCCUCAUUCACAACCGCAGUAAACAGAUUAUUGAUCAGCUGGGAAUACCUGAGGAAGAGUGUGGUGACUUGGUGUCUGAUGUUGAAUCUGCCAUUACCUUCUACUGCAAGUCACGCAACAUUACUUUCAGCCCAGAGCUGAGUUGGCCGUACCUGUUGAAACCAUUGCUGGGGCUUCAGCUUCCCCGCAGCGACCUCUACAACUGUUUCUAUGCCAUCAUGAACAAAUACAUCCCGAGGGACUGUGUGCCAAAUGGGCGCCCCUUCCACCUGUACAGACUACUGCUGCAGUACCAUGAGCCAGAGCUCUGCUCCUUCCUGGACACUAAAAAAGUCUCACCUGACACCUACGCCAUCGGCUGGUUGGGAAGUCUCUUUGCCAGCCACUGCCUUCCUGAAGUUACCCAAACCUUGUGGGAUACUUACUUCCAGCAGGCUGAUCCUUUUCUCAUCUUCUUCCUUCUGCUAGUCAUCCUCGUCAAUGCCAAAGAGACAAUCCUCGCACAAGAAGGGGACAGCAAGGAGGACAUCAUCAAAAUGCUGGAAGCAUCUCCUUCACUCCUGGAAUCUGAAGACAUUGAAGAUUUGUUCUCACUUGCCCAAUAUUACCAGAGCAAGACCCCCCUGUCUCUCAGAAAGAUGAACCAGAAUUUAUUUGGUAGCAGCCUUGUGGCUCUGAAGGAAGAUGACAUGGACCUCAGUCAGGCACUUUGUCUGCCUGUGUCUGUCCCUGAAAUCCUGCAGGCCAACCAACUGCAGCAGGAUGGAGUCCGAUUCUUUGUUGUGGACUGUCGGCCUGCAGAGCAGUACAAUGCUGGACACCUGGCCACUGCUUUUCACCUGGACUCUGACCUGAUGCUCCAAAACCCCUCAGAGUUUGCCCUCUCUGUGAAGUCCCUUUUGGAGGCACAGAAACAGUCUCUAGAGUCUGGAUCCAUUGCCAGUGGGGAGCACCUGUGCUUCAUGGGUAGUGGUAGAGAGGAAGAGGACAUGUAUAUGAACAUGGUGUUGGCUCAUUUCCUACAGAACAACAAGGAAUAUGUCAGCAUUUCUAAAGGAGGUUUUAUGGCCCUCCAGCAGCAUCUGGUAGACAUGAAUGUAGAGGGCCUUGAUUCCUCAUACAUCCACUGGAUAGUCAGCACAUCGGGAUCUCACGGCAGCCUCAGUUCUGCCGAUGGAGAGUCCCUGAGCAGCCCUGGAGAUGGCAAAGGUGUGAAGUCUUUGGUUAACAAAAUGACAUUUGCAUUGAAGUCCAAGUCAGUCAAUGUAAAGGAGAAGAUGAUCAGCUUCAUUGAGAACACCUCUGCUCCUGUGGACAGAAUAUCUUUCAAUCUGCCCUGGCCAGAGAAGGUGAUUCCAGAUCGGCACGUGAGCAGCAGUGAUCGUGUCGGUAAACCCUACAGAGGUGUGAAACCUGUGUUCAGUAUUGCUGAUGAAGAGGAAUAUGACACAGAUGAGAUUGACAGUUCAUCCAUGUCAGAUGAUGACAGAAAGGAGAUAGUCAACAUUCAGACCUGGAUUAACAAACCAGAUGUAAAGCAUCACAUUCCCUGCAAUGAGGUGAAAGAGACAGGUCACAUGUUUCCCAGUCAUUUGCUGAUCACAGACACUCACAUGUACUGCUUGCGGGAGAUCGCCUUACGAAAAGGCUUCGCCUACAUUCAGUCCAGACAAGCACUGAACUCUGUGGUGAAGAUCACAUCAAAAAAGAAGCACCCAGAACUCAUCACAUUCAAGUUUGGCACCAACAACACAGCUGGAGUGGAAAUAUCUGCAGUUGAGAGAUAUUUGAUACCCAAUGCGGGUGAUGCCACCAAAGUCAUCAAGCAGCAGAUUAUGAGAGUUCUGGACGCUCUGGAGAGCUCAUAGAGGGAGACGCGCUCAAGGCCGGGCAACAGAAGAGUGGAGUACCCUGUCCUGCUCCCUCAACAUCCCCCCCCUACUGGACAGAUUACUGCAGUGUUGACUGAAGCCUGGGACACGGGUCGCUGCACCGAGUCCAGACCUGUGGGGCAGAUUGUGUGUUAAAAUGCUUAAGUGCUCUGCAGUCAUUCAGGCAUUCUCUUACACAAAGUUAACAAUGAUUCUAAGUUGUUUUUUUUAAUUAUUAUUAUUAUCAUUAAUAGUUAUCAAACUCCAGAUCUCAUGACAGCACAGUUACUCAGCAGCCUUAACAUAACCUCCUUAUGUGGUAUAAUAUAUAUAUAUAAAAAAAAAAAAAAUCUAAAACCAGCCGGUACCUGUGGAACCACAUCGCACCUCUUUUACUGAAUCUAUUCAGAAAUAACAGACCUGGAUUCAGUGCUUCUCUUUUUGAAAUUGCAUCCAAAGUCUAAACCACUUUUUGUCAUGAGCGCGACUGCAUUUCAUGUACGUCUUAUUAACUUGCUUUUCAUUCUGGACAUGUGUGGCUUGUAGACAUGCUGUAGAAACCUGACCCUUGUUCAGUGGUAAUUCUUUUUGUCCACAGUAAUCGGGUCACAUACUGCCAACCCGGGUGUUUCGUGCACAUCUCCAAAAAGCUGAGCUGUCACACGGAGGUUUCCUACAGCUACAGGUUGUUUUUAAUAACUUUUUCCCAGCAGACAGCCUUAAUUAGAAAUUGAGGGUGUGUAUUAUAAACAUCUAUUGUACAUAGUCUGUCAGCUGGCCUACAUCAGCAGAGUUGUUUUGAAUGUUGUUCAGAACAUGCAGUGGAAAUGAACCAUUUUUUCCCUUUUUCUAAACAGCAACUAUGCCUUUAACCAAGUUUCUUGGAACUAAUUUAUCAUUGUGCAUACUGGAUUAACUUCAUAUCAUAGCAGUCUGAUGUAUGUUGCUUUCAAAAAGCCACUUUGGACUUUAAAGUACUUCAAAAAGAGAUUUGGUGAUUGUGAUUAGUGAGCGCACAAACAUCUCAGUAUUUUUCCAUCACAGUCAUUAUUUGAAUUAUUUUUGUCUUGUGGAUAAAAGUGUUGUAAGGCACUGUCUGUCAGAAAACUGUGCAGCCCUCCGGUUAUAUUAGCAUAACGUCAAUUGGUGCCACAUUUUGUUCAUCUACACUAUUAGGCACUGCCUUAAAAGAAACAAAUGGCAGUUUGUGAGGUCAGUGUUUUCAAGAUGAUCUGUCGUGUCUCUUGUAUUUGUCAGCAGGAAGUAGCUUUGCUGAUUUGUCCUCCAGUUUGCUUGGAGCUUUGGGCUUUGGCCUCAUGCCUGUGCGGUGUGAUAUUUGUAUGAAGGGUGGCAACAUAUCACAGUUUUUUCCUUCUCAUCUUAUUCUAAUCUGAAACUAGAAGGGCCUUCAGAGUACAGACAUCCAUCAGGGUCAAUAGUCCACUUCACUAUAGUACGUGUUUUCAGCCAUUUGUUACCUUAUCAUGAUUGACAUAAGAUCAGCCUCCCACCCACCCACAAAAAAUUUGUUCUACUGGAUCUGAACUUUCAUUCAAAUCUGUGCUAAAUGCUACAUGUUCAUAUGCAUCCAUAUAAAUGGGUGAGUCUUCUUUAUUUUCUUUCUCUCCAUAAAGAUCCAUGUAAUGUUCCUUGAGAAAUUAAAGAAAAUGUAUGCCCCCCCCCCCCCCCCCCCCCACACACAGACACACACACACACACACAAAAAAAGCCUAGUCUUAAAUUGAAGAGUAAGUCCUACGUGGGCCCUGGGGCUCAUCAGUGCUGAUGCGUAUCCUUAGAUACUGUAGCUUGAAGCAUAAGUUUACAACUCCCGCUGGAGUGGAGCCAGUUCAUCUCAGGUUACUUCCCCAAGCCAAAGGGAGUACCCAUUAACAGUUUGGUGGACUGGGACCAUGCAGAUGAAGUGUCUUGUUUAAGGACAAAAAUAGGUAGCAUGACUGAGAAUCAAACCCAGGUCUACAGCAGGGAGGAGCUCAAUGUGAUAGAAGUUGGACAACCAAUAGUCCAACUCCUGGUCCACUGAGUUCCCUACUCGGCAACCUAAGGAAGUGGAGUGGAGUGGGGUGAAUUCCUGAAUUUGCCCCUUCAUAUCUGCUCCAGUACUGAACGGAAUUUUGCUUGAUUCACACUCCACCCAUCCACCGUGUUGUAUGAAACAGCCUGCUGGGUUUACUGGAAUCUGCUGACAAAGUACUGAAAACAUAAUCUCCUUGUUGGAGGCACUGACGCUAAACCUCUAAAGGAAACGAUAUGUUACACUAACAGGGGAAACCAUCCUGAGUAAAGCGUAUGCCACACAUUUAUCAAAGAGGAACGAUUCAGAAUUGGUAAAGACUAAAUCUGAGCUCCGUUUUAACAAUAAAAUGGUUUUGUGACUUAAUUUACAAUGGAGCCAAGAUCUGUUUGCUGAUAAAAUUCUUCUGGGAAAUAUGGAACUGGUGUGUAUCAUUCCAGUGUAACUCCUGUAUUUCUUGUAAUUUAUAAACUUGAUAUUUUUCUGUACAUAUGUUUGUGGUAUUCUUAAUGGGAAGUCUUUACAUCAUUGGUUGGCAACUAUGUGCCAUGUGGUGCCAAGAAGGUGGCGGGUUUUCCUUCCAGCUGAUCACCUCAAGAAAUUUGCUGGCCUCCUCAGAGUGGCUCUCCAGGGCACACAGCUGCCCACCACUGGCAAACGAUCUCACCACUUGUCCUAUACAACAUGUCUCAACUGUAAUUUGCACUUUACUGUGCUGGUAUAAUUUUGUUUUUAAAUAAAUUAAAGUUUGACUGC